AACUGCCGUUUUACAUGGGUUUAAACUUUAAAGUAAGGCAACUGGCACUGAAACCCAAACUCACGCAACCUCCGACAUCAACAGCUCACCUAUCUCCAAUUUUCUCUCCUUUUGAAGACACACACAUACAUAUACAAUUGGAAGAUUCUGAAUCCAAACACUGGAUCUGCUUAGCACUUUUAUCUUUCAAGCAGAGAAAAAUGCAUGGUAAAGGAUCCAAUACCCGCCUUUCAACUAUGGCUUCUCGGUCUCGAAUCCCAACUCUCUUGCUCUUCAUGUUCUCCACCUUCGCUACCAUCUAUGUUGCUGGCCGGCUAUGGCAGGACUCGCAGAACCGGGUUUAUUUGAUCAAAGAGCUUGAUAGGAUAACUGGGUUGGGGAAAACUGCCAUAUCAGUGGAUGAUACAUUGAAAAUCAUAGCCUGCAGGGAACAACAUAAGAAGUUAUCAGCCCUUGAGAUGGAGCUGGCAGCAGCUAGACAGGAGGGUUUUGCUUCAUCGCGAUCAACAGAGGCUAAUGAGAUUACUUCUAAGAAAAGGCCUCUAGUAGUUAUAGGAAUAUUCACAAGGUUUGGCCGUAGAAACAAUAGAGAUGCAAUCCGAAAGGCAUGGAUGGGAACUGGUGCAGCUUUGAAAAAAAUGGAGAACAACAAGGGAAUAGUUGCACGAUUUGUCAUUGGAAGAAGUGCAAAUCGUGGGGAUAGUUCAGACAAGAGCGUUGACAUUGAAAGCAGACAGAAUAAUGACUUCAUCAUUCUUGAUAACCAUGUGGAGGCAGAUGAGGAGCUUCCAAAGAAGACUAAACUAUUCUUUGCUCAUGCUGCAGAUAAAUGGGAUGCUGAGUUUUACGCUAAAGUCAAUGAUGACGUUUAUGUAAAUAUUGAUGCCCUGGGCACUACACUUGCCUCUCAUUUGGACAAUCCUCGUGUAUAUAUUGGAUGCAUGAAAUCGGGAGAAGUUUUUUCGGAACCGAACCAUAAAUGGUAUGAACCAGAUUGGUGGAAAUUUGGCGAUAAAAAAUCAUACUUUCGCCAUGCUUCAGGUGAGCUAUAUGUCAUAUCACAGGCUUUGGCAAAAUUUAUAUCAAUAAAUAGAUCUAUUCUCCGUACAUAUGCCCAUGAUGAUGUCAGUGCUGGAUCCUGGUUUAUUGGGCUCGAUGUCAAACAUGUUGAUGAAUCAAAGUUUUGCUGCUCAUCUUGGUCAUCUGGAGCUAUAUGUGCAGGUGUUUGAUUUGAUUAACUUCAAAGAUCGUUAAAUGGAAAAAUGAACCAGAUGCUGUUGGAUUGUUUUGAAGUUGUUGCUAUGCAUCUCAGCUGUUUUCAGUCUUCUUGAUAUGAAGUUUUGAUAGAAAAAAGCAUUUCGCUCUGAAAAUUUUGACAGGGCACCUCUCAUUGAAAUCUCUCUUUCCCAUCGCUUGAAAUAUUGAAAACAGUCUUGGUUAAAUCUGUGUACAUUCUGGAGAUAGGAGCAAUCAGCGAUGCAGUAUUAGCACACAAUGAUUGCCGGAAGACAGGCAACCCAAACCGAUAAUAGAAAAGUGAAGAAUACAAAUUUUUUUGUUACAUGAUUUAUUGUUACUGUCUUCUUGCUUCAUUGUUAGUAUUUUUAGGCUAACUUUUUCAUUUGGGUGCACAAAGCGUGUGGCACAUCCUCAUGUGGAAAAGAGGGGGGUGUGGAGGAUUGAUUAUAUUGAGAGUGAUUCUUUUUCAUGUUGGAACUUAUGAGAAGUAGAUGUAGUUUUCAUACAAUCAUGUUGUUUGCUGCACUUUAUGGCACAAUACAAUGAAAUUUAUUUACUUCUGCUGACCA